AAGUCAGACCAGAGGACCAAGACCAAGCGAAGCGUCGGCGACCUGGCACUGCAGUUCAUGAAGGGGGCCAAAAGGGACAGUCUCAAGAACGAGGAUCUGCAGUCCCUCGUCCGCCUCUGCGGCAGCAGCAAGCUGUAUUUGCCGUCGGAAUACUCUCCAGCUUCUCUUCUGCUUCCUACGUGCUUCCGCGCUACUGUGCAAUACCUUGUAGAGCAUGGCGCAAAAACGCGAGGCGUGUUUCGAAUACCCGGAUCAGCCCGCACAGUCAAAGCUCUCUACGACUACUACUGUGCCGAGGGCGAUGCUGGCGAGAUUUCCAGCACCACUUGCUGGCCCAAUCUGCCGUCCCACAUAAAAGCCGGGGUACACGACGUCGCCUCAACCUUCAAACGACUGCUAUCCGGCCUUCCCGGGGGCAUCUUGGGUUCUCUCUCCCUACUUGAUGCGCUGGUUGCUAUUCAGGGCCAGCUCAAAGCCGAACCGGAUCUCGGGGAUACGAGGCAGCGUAAGAUUAGGGCGAAGCUGAUUGCGCUAGCCAUCGGGGCCGUGGAGCCCCGGCUUCGCCGCGACUUGAUAUGCGCCGUGUUUGGCUUACUUUGCUUAAUUGGAAGCGCGGCCGAGAAGGCACCACGAGAGGACGAUGACGAAAGACCGCUUUCCUCUUCCGACCUCAUGGGAUGCGAAGCUCUUGGUAUUGUGUUUGGCCCACUCCUAGUCGGUGACCUCCUGGAUUCAUAUAGCCUGGUCGCCACAGGCAGCACCUCGGACCCAAAGCUGCUUUCCGUCACGGUUUAUGAAGGGAAAAAGGAAUGCCGGAGGCUUGAAGCCUCUGAAGGUGUCCACCAAACCCCUCCGCCUGUGGACCUGAUAUACAUGGCAAACAACGUUACCAAAAUGCUCAUUACGGACUGGCGGGAAGUUGUCAGGCACAUGAGGAGUCUGUGGGUGUCGAGGUCG